AUGUGCUUUCUUUCAGCAAAUCAAACCAAACUGUCUUUCUUUCUUUCUUUCUUUCUUGGUCAAAAUGGUAGCUUUCAUUCUUUCUUUCAAGGUUUUUCUUUCUUUCUUUCUUAUUUCUUUUUUCUUUCCUUUAGUAGGGCUUUUUUGCUUUCUUUAGACCGACUUUUUUUCUUUCCUUUUUUUUUCUUUGGUUUCUUUAUUUUACCACUGCUUUUCUUUCAGUCCUUCAUUUUAUUUUUCUUUCUUUCUUUCUUUUUCUUUCACAUUCUUUCUUUUCUUUCUUUCACCUUUCUUUCUUUUCACUUUCAAUUCUUUCUUUCGGCAGUGUUUAUUUUUCUUUUCUUUCUUUCUUUCUUUACUUCAACGUUUAUUUUUCUUUCUUUUUUCUUUUUUUCUUUCUUUCGUUCUUUCUUUUGUUUUUUCACCUUGAUUUUUCUUUCUUUCUUUCUUUCUUUAUUUUUCUUUCUUUCUUUUUUCCUUCACCUUACCUUUCUUUCUUUCUUUCUUUCACCACGACGCUUUUCUUUCUGCCUUAAAAUUUCAUUCUUUUUUCUUUCCUUUUCUUUCUUUCUCUUUUCUUUCUUUUCUUUCUUUCUUUCUUUCUUUCUCUGA